AUGGCGGCCGCAACGCUCAUUCGCAAGGCGCUGCCUAAACUUGACGAUCCCGUCGUCGAGUACCUCGACGGCUACAUCAACGAUGCUGCCGACGACCCUACCGAGGACCUCUUCGAGACGGUGGUCAAGCCCAUGCUCGAGUCGGCGUGCAUCUCGGACCCGUCGUCGUCCAAGCAGGUGAGCGCGCUGCUGCCCAAGCUGCUCGAACUCAUCCAGUCCAAGCUGCCCGACGACGAUGCCGAUGCCGCCAAGGCCUCCGGCCUCACGCGCCUCGACAAGGUGGUCGACAUGCGCAACACCGAGAUGUCGCGCACCUCGGGCUUCGACACGGCGGGCGGCGUGGACAUUGCGCUCGGCACCACCAAGCAGAACCGCUCCACCGUCGACGUCAAGAAGCUCGAGAAGCAGGAGGCCAAGACGCGCGCCAAGCUCGCCAAGCGUGCACAGCGCGACCUGUACGAGUCGAGCAAGCUCGUGCAGCAGUCCAAGCAGCAGGCGAGCUACGAGGAGCUCUUCCUCAAGGUCAACCCGCUCGAGAGCAUGGGCAACAAGGGCAAGAACAAGGAUAUCCACCUCCCCAACAUUGACGUCAGCUUCGGCUCCAACCGCAUCCUCUCCAACGCCACGCUCACCAUCAAGGCCGGCCGUCGCGCCGGUCUCAUCGGCCGCAACGGUGUGGGUAAAUCGACGCUGCUGCGCAACAUGGCGCUGCGCGAGAUCCCCAUCCCCACCCAGAUUUCUAUCCUGUACGUCGAGCAGGAGAUCGUCGGCGACGACACCUCCGCCAUCGAGAGCGUGCUCAAGGCCGACGUGUGGCGUGAGAAGCUCAUGCAGGAAGAGGCGCAGCUCAACGCCGAGCUGCAGAAGCUCGAGGAGUCGGCGGCGGCCGCCGUGGCAGCAGCCAAUGCAGCCGCAGCCGCCGCAGCGUCGCAGUCCGAGGGUGCCGAGGGCGAAGAGGCGGCGGCUGCAGGGCUUUCGCGCGGAUCGGCGGUGGACAUGCCCACGCGCCAGCGCGAGAUCAAGCGCGAAGAGCUCUCGACGCGCCUGGGCGAGGUGCAGGCCAAGCUGGUGGAGAUGGAGGCCGAGACGGGCCCUGCACGCGCCGCCGCCCUUCUCAACGGUCUCGGCUUCAAGACGGAUGACCAGCAGCGCGCCACCAAGACCUUCUCCGGAGGCUGGAGGAUGCGACUGGCGCUCGCACGUGCGCUCUUCUGCAAGCCCGAUCUGCUCAUGCUCGACGAGCCGUCGAACCAUCUCGACCUCAACGCGCUGGCAUGGCUCGAGGACUACUUUGUCAACGACUACGAGGGCACGCUGCUGGUGGUGUCGCACGACCGAGCCUUCCUCAACCGCGUCGCCACGGACAUCAUCCACAUGCACAGCGAGAGGCUCGACUACUACAAGGGCAACUUUGACCAGUUCUACCAGACGCGCGAGGAGCGGCGGCGCAACCAGCAGCGCGAGUACGAGGCGGUGCAGCUGCAGCGUGCGACGCUGCAGGCGUUCAUCGACCGGUGGCGCGUCAAUGCCAACCGCGCGGCGCAGGCGCAGAGCAAGAUCAAGCAGCUCGAGAAGCUGCCCAACAUCGAGCCGCCCGAGGACGACGAGGUGGUGCACUUCCGCUUACCCGAGGCGGACAAGCUGCCGCUGCCGCUGCUGCAGAUCAGCAACGUCACCUUCGGCUACCGGCCGGACAAGCUGCUGCUCAAGGGUGUGGAUUUCGACAUUACGCAGCAGAGCCGUGUGGCGGUGGUGGGACCCAACGGUGCGGGCAAGUCGACGCUGAUGAAGCUGCUCAUGGGCGAGAUCACGCCGCUGCAGGGCGACCAGAAGCGCAACGGCAAGCUGCGCGUGGGCUUCUUCAGUCAGCACCACAUUGACCAGCUGGACCUGAACGCGAACCCGGUGUCGUUCCUUGCGUCCAAGUACCCGGGCAAGACGGAGCAGGAGUACCGCUCGCAUCUGGGUGCGUUUGGCAUCAAGGGCAUGACGGGAUUGCAGAAGAUCGCGACGCUUUCGGGAGGACAGAAGUCGCGUGUGGCGUUUGCGCAUAUCAGCAUGAUGCGUCCGCACGUGCUGCUGCUGGACGAGCCUACGAACCACCUGGAUACCGAAGGUCUGGAUGCGCUGUGCGAGGCGAUCAACCGCUUCAACGGCGGCGUCAUUUGCAUCUCGCACGACGAGACCUUUAUCCACAACUGCCUGCACGAGCUGUGGGUCGUGGAUGGCGGCAGGGUGGAAAAGUUCAAGGGCGAUGUGGCCGAGUACAAACGCAUCAUCCUGUCCAAGAACAAGUCGACUGCAAGGCCGUAG